AUGCUGCGAUUAGCCGAAAAGAUUCGUAAAAAGCAGGAAGGUGAAGCAAUAAAUGAGUCAGAUUUCGCCUCCUCCCCAUCUUUGAUUAAUGCUUCCGUCCGUGAUAAGUUGUUGGCACAAGAAAUUCCAGAAAUAAAAAUAAAUUUACCCAGUACUUGCAAAAUGACAUAUCCGGACCCUAAUAAAAUUCACGAAUUCAAGUUGGAGAUUACUCCAAAUGAAGGGAUUUGGCAACAUGGGCGUUUUAUUUUUGAUUUCAAUAUCCCAGAGACCUAUAAUCACGCCCCUCCAGUUGUUAAAUGUCUUACCAAAAUAUGGCAUCCAAACAUAGAUGAGCAUGGAAAUGUAUGUCUCAGUAUCUUAAGACAAGCUUCGCUUGAUCUUACGGGAUGGACUCCAACCAGAAAAUUAAUGGAUGUAAUUUGGGGCCUGGAAUCACUGUUUGGUGAUCUUUGCGAUUUUACAGACGCGCUCAACGUUAAAGCCGCAGAACAAUACCUUCAAAAUAAGGACGCCUUUAUACGCACAGCUCGGAAUUUUAUGCUAAGAUACGCGUUUUCUGCACACUGCGUGAGAGCUCUUUCAACUGGUGCCAAAACUACUCCACCACCGGGUUCAACAAAGCCUGCAGUUUCCUCAAAAGCAGUUCCUGCAAAGGCUCCCACCCAACCGCAACAACCGUCUGCUCAAACUCUUCAACCUAUGAAUGUAGAUCAUUUCGAAGAAAGAGUUGCUGAACUUGAGCGCUUGAUUCUCGGAGUUAGAAAUCUAGCUCCUCAGAGGCCUCCUAAACAGACUAUAUCAGAUAUGAUUGCGGAUGCUCAAAAACAAGUAACUCUAGCUGAGAAACAACCGAAAAUUAAGGAGAUUUUAAAUCGAAUGAGCGAGUUAAGCAAGUAUAUGGAUCCCAAUUACCUUGACGACCAAGCAGUUGCCACCACAGCUAAGAUCAAUGCCAUUCUUUCACAUGAAGCAGAGAUACGACAGACUGCUCAAGCCCUGGAAGCUUUCCAGUCUCUAAAAGAUGUGCUUAAUAAUCCAGCUUACUCAGAUUUGUCUGCAAUGAGGGCGAAAUUCGCAGAAAUGCACCAGAAACACGCCGAGCAGGAGAUACAAGCCAACGAUUUUAUCGAUGAAAGCAUUGAAUUACUGGAGGCUUAUGCUAAUGCGGUUAGUCUCCACCUUCUUUCUUUCUCUCUUUUUCACUCUUUUUAA